UUUCCAUCCUUGCACUCUCUGCUGAGAGCCACUUGGACCUCACCCUCAACGCACUUCAGGAGUUUGGGGCUGCAAUGAGCAAGGUUACGAUUCCUGGGUUCAUCAGCCGCCUGAAGGACUACCACCAUGGGAGAAGAGGCAAGACUCGCAGCACCCUGAUGCUGGCCUACAGCAGCGUGGCUGUCCAUGCUCCAAAAGACCAGCUUCUCUCCCGAGUAGAGGCAGACAUCACAGGGAACAUCCUUCUCCAUUACAGAGCCAGUGGUCAGGUGCUGGGCAUCACUGUUGCGAACAAGGACAUGAACCUAAAAUUAACCCUCAUCCAGAAUGUCAUGGAGAUUAGCUGUGCCAUCUUGGAGACCAGAGACUCCCAAGAGUUCAAAUUCUCAUACAAACUGGAGCUCCUUGGCUACAUGUUGGUGAGUGAUUAGGAGCUUUGAGGACUGAAGUACAAGAGAGUUUGUUGUAAUGUAAUGAGACUGGUUUUCUGGGGAGAUGAUAUUUUAUCCAUUGGCUGUGACUGUACUACUGCAGUCUCA